UGAUUGGUCACCUUUCUAUUCCGUUCAUUUGACAAGCAAAAUAGUGCUUGGCUGAGCUUUGGUGUUAAGAAAAGAGUGAACCGCGGCACAUUAUCUUCGACCCUACACAGCAAACAUGUCUGAGGAACGAUCUGAAAGAUCCGAUGGAAAGAUUGUGAAGAUGGAGAUCGACUACAGUUCAACUGUAGAUCAGCGUCUCCCGGAAUGCGAGAAAAUGGCUAAAGAGGGCAAGCUGCAGGAAGCCGUUGAGAGCUUGUUGUCAUUGGAAAAGCAAACCAGAACGGCAUCAGACAUGGUGUCCACCUCCAGAAUCCUCGUGGCUGUGGUCCAGAUGUGUUAUGAAGCAAAAGACUGGGAUGCCCUGAAUGAAAACAUCAUGUUGCUCUCCAAAAGGAGGAGUCAGCUCAAACAGGCUGUUGCCAAGAUGGUGCAAGAAUGUUACAAGUACGUGGACACUGUGACUGAUCUGACUAUCAAGCUGCGACUGAUCGACACGCUUCGCACUGUGACUGCUGGCAAGAUCUAUGUGGAGAUCGAGCGUGCCAGGCUGACGAAGACUUUGGCCGGUAUCAAGGAGCAGAGUGGAGAGGUCAAAGAGGCGGCUUCCAUUCUUCAGGAGCUGCAGGUGGAGACAUACGGCUCCAUGGAGAAAAAGGAGAAGGUGGAGUUUAUCUUGGAACAGAUGAGACUUUGCAUCGCUGUCAAGGAUUAUAUUCGCACCCAGAUCAUCAGCAAGAAGAUAAACACCAAAUUCUUCCAAGAAGAAGGCACCGAGGAGUUGAAGCUGAAGUACUACAACCUGAUGAUUCAGGUGGACCAGCACGAGGGCUCCUACCUGUCUAUCUGCAAACACUACCGGGCCAUCUAUGACACCCCCUGCAUCCUGGAGGACGGCAGCAAGUGGAAACAGGCCCUGAAGAGCGUGGUGCUCUAUGUGAUCCUCUCCCCUUACGACAAUGAGCAGUCAGACCUCGUGCACAGAAUCAGCGCGGACAAGAAAUUGGAAGAAAUCCCUAAAUACAAGGACCUCCUGAAGCAGUUCACCACUAUGGAGCUGAUGCGUUGGGCCUCCCUGGUGGAGGAUUAUGGCAAAGAGCUGAGAGAGGGCUCGUCCGACAGCCCCACCACAGACGUCUUCUCUUAUUCAGAGGAAGGGGAGAAAAGGUGGAAGGACCUGAAGAACAGAGUGGUGGAGCAUAACAUAAGAAUAAUGGCCAAAUAUUACACCAGAAUCACAAUGAAGAGGAUGGCUGGACUCCUCGACCUUUCCAUUGACGAAUCAGAGGAGUUCCUCUCCAGCUUAGUCGUAAACAAGACCAUCUACGCCAAGGUCGACCGUCUGGCUGGAAUCAUCAACUUUCAGAGGCCCAAAGAUCCCAACGACCUGCUCAACGACUGGUCGCACAAACUCAACUCUCUCAUGUCUCUGGUCAACAAGACCACACAUCUCAUUGCCAAGGAGGAAAUGAUCCACAACCUGCAGUGAAACAAGAACAAAGUGCAUUAUUUUAUGUUUUGGUUCAUAUUUGUUUUUUUUUUUCUUUAUGUCAGGAAUGUCUUUAAAUAUACAGUAUAUUG